AUGAGACUUGGCAGAGGUCAUGUUGGUAUUUUUCUGUUAAUCUGGACAUGGAUGGUAUCUCUUCCAUAUGCUGUAUUGGCCCAGAAUGCAACACAAUGGCCUCUGCAAAAUAACGAGUACACUGACAUCGUCCAAUGGGAUCAUUACAGCUUCAUCGUCAAUGAAAAGCGUCUUUUCGUCUUCUCCGGCGAACUGCACUACUGGAGAAUCCCUGUACCUGAGCUCUGGGAAGACAUACUCGAGAAGAUCAAGGCUUGCGGAUUUACUGCAGUUGCAUUCUACACGCACUGGGGAUAUCAUAGCCAUAGUCCUGACGCGUUGGACUUUGAGACUGGCGGGCGAAAUUUCACUCACCUGUUUGAGAUCGCCAAGCGCGUCGGACUCUAUGUCAUUGAGCGUCCUGGUCCUUAUGUGAAUGCCGAGUCCAACGCUGGCGGCUUCCCAGGCUGGCUCACAACGGGCGAGUAUGGAAAGCUACGGAACAGCGAUCCGCGAUACGGCGAUGCAUACGCGCCGUUCUGGCAGGAGGUGGCUCGGCUCUCAGCUCCGUAUCAGAUUACGGAAGGUGGAAACACCAUCCUCUAUCAGAUUGAGAAUGAAUAUCAGAGUCAAUGGAUUGGGAACCCGGUAGACAGAGUUCCGAAUCAGGAUGGAAUUGCGUACAUGGAAGAUCUGGAGAAAAGAGCAAGGGACAAUGGUAUCAUCAUUCCAACGAUACAGAAUGCGCCAAACAUGAAUACCAAGUCAUGGUCCAAGGACUGGUCAGAUGAGGGAGGCAAUGUGGAUGUCUAUGGACUCGACAGUUAUCCUUCGUGCUGGUCUUGCAAUCUCGACGAAUGUACGUCAACGAAUGGACAGUACGUUGCAUAUUCAGUCGCCAAUUACUACGGACACUUCCAGGAUGUCUCGCCUACGCAACCUUCUUUCAUGCCAGAAUUCCAAGGAGGGUCUUAUAAUCCCUGGGGUGGCCCCGAAGGCGGCUGUCCCAAUGAUAUCGGCUCAGACUUUGCCAACCUAUUCUACCGACAGCUUAUUGGCGAGCGUGUCACCGCCGUUUCUCUUUACAUGAUGUACGGCGGCACAAAUUGGGGUGCUCUUGCUGCACCUGUAGUCGCUACUAGCUACGAUUACUCUGCCCCUAUAUCCGAGAAUCGUGCGAUCUGGGAUAAAUUCUCUGAGACAAAGACUCUGGCUUUGUUUACCCGCGUCGCUGAUGAUUUAACGGUGACCGAGAGAUUGGGCAAUGGAACAUUCUACACGACGAAUUCCCUGGUGAUGGCCACUGAACUGCGGAACAGCGAGACGAAUGGAGCAUUUUAUGUCACUAGACACUCGCCAUCUUAUCUGGCAUCAAGAGAUGCAUUCAAAUUGCAUGUCAGCACGUCCGUUGGCAACCUCACUAUUCCUCAGGGCAACUCAUCUAUUGUUAUCAACGGACAUCAGAGCAAGAUCAUCGUUACCGACUUUCGCUUCGGAAGCCACUCAUUCAUCUACUCUACAGCUGAGGUACUCACAUACGCCGUCUUUGAUAAUAUUCCUACAAUCGCGUUAUGGGUUCCGACUGGCGAGUCUGGUGAAUUUUACGUCCGCGGUGGUCGACAUGGACAUAUUGCCAGGGCGCAGAACGCAACUGUAGCUUUCCGUCCGGCAAAGCAUGGUCUUAUAGUCGAAUUCACGCAAGGCGAAGGAGCGAGUGUCAUUUUCGUCGACGACAUGCGUGUUUUGUUACUUGACCGUACUGCCGCAUAUGGGCUCUGGGCUCCUAGUUUCUCGACUGACCCUGCUAGUCCCGUGGACGAGACAAUUCUUGUCCUCGGCCCCUACCUCGUUCGUGGCGCCUCGUUGACUUCUGAUACGACGUUUGACCUCACUGGUGACAUCCCUCAUACUACGUCGAUCGAAGUGUUUGCACCUGCGAAAUUGAGGUCUUUGACCUGGAACGGCGUGCAAGCCCGAACUCGUCGCACAUCUUACGGAACACUCAUAGCUGACAUCCAGUUCACACCGCUGUCUCCUGAGCUUCCGGACCUCAGCGGUGCUGUGUGGAGAGUGGCGGACGCACUACCAGAGAUCAAGCCAGAGUACGUCGCCGAUACACCAGCGUGGCGUGUUGCAGACCAACUCAAUCCUCAGACCGGCGAAGCUGUGCUAUACGCAGAUUUGUAUGGCUUCCACUACGGCGCUAUGCUCUUCCGUGGUACAUUCCUCGGUGGCGCGACAGGCGUGGAGCUUGCAGUGCAAGGCGGGACAGCGUUCGGAUGGAGCGCAUGGCUGAAUGGAGGCUUCGUAGGUAGCUGGACCGGCGACGCAGACAGUGCACAGGGGAAUUUGACACUGUCCUUUGUAGACGCAAGCGCUACUGUCUUCGGCGAUGGGAAGGAGAACGUGUUGCUCGUGAUCAUGGACAACACAGGGCAUGACCAACGAGACGGAGCACUCAACCCUCGCGGCAUCCUCGCCGCAAACCUCCUGUCUGCCUCCAACAAUACGACCUCAUCCCCUGGAUUCACAGAGUGGAAGAUCGCCGGCGGAGCAUCUCUGAACGGAACCCCCCUCGAUCCAGUCCGUGGCAUCAUGAACGAAAACGGACUUACACCUUCGCGCCUCGGCUGGUCCCUCCCAGGCUUCGACAGCACCGCCUGGCCGCUCUCGACUCCAUCCACACUCGUCACAUCUCCUGGCGUGCGAUUCUAUCGCACCACGUUCCCGCUGUCUAUUCCGGCCGGCUACGACGCAAGUCUGAGCAUCGUGCUCGACAGGCUCACGUCCUCGGCGCUCAGAGCUGAGAUCUAUGUCAACGGGUACAAUUACGGGAAGUAUGUGCCUGGCAUUGGGGGCGAUGGGCGGGGACAGAGCGUCUUUCCGGUGCCGCCGGGGGUGUGGGACUACGAUGGGGAGAAUGUGCUGGGGUUGAGUGUCUGGGGCAUGGAAGAUGGGGAUGUUGGUGUUGGUGUCAAACUGCAGGUGGAUUGGGUUGUGGAAGGGGGUGUGAUGGUUAAGGGGGAGGGUCUGAGACCGGGGUGGACGGAGGCGAGAGAGGCGUUUAUGUAG